AGCUGAAGGCUGGGGAGGGGAAGUGGGCUCGGGAAAGAAAAUUUCUCUCCUGAACUGUUUACCCUGACGUCAGUUUGCAGAAGUAGCUCUGCCCUGUCUCCCUCCAGUGUCUCGGAAACUCCACUCAGUUAAAAAACAAAACUGAGGGAAAUAGAUGGACUCCGCUUUGCCUGCUGCCGCCUUCCUGGACCCCACGGAGUGAAUGAAAUGACUUGUUCGUCACAUGUAAAGUGGACUAAAACAUGUACACGAUGAACACCUGCGCCUUUCUGCUGAUUUUAAGUGUCCAGAUCUACGCCGACGGCAUCGAGGGGCCAACAGCUGCUGGCUGCACAUUUGAAGAGGACUCGGAUCCUAAUCUGUGUGACUUCACCCAAGGGGAGGAUGAUGACUUUGACUGGAUGUUGUUUCGGACAUACAGCUCGCCUUCGGCCAGCAGCGACCUCUUGAGGGUGUGCUCGACUGUUUUUCAAGGAGGGAGGAAAAUGUUGUUGUGAUCUCCUGUGGGAGUUCGACGCUGCCACCAUCUGCUUAUAAAUGCAAUGCCCUGCGUUCCCCCUGGGACCAGAGUUCAUUCUUCAGAGGUCCCGUUGGGAAAACUGGUUGCAUCUGGAAGGAUUUGCAAAACAUCUUCUGUGACUCUUCAGCUCUGAUAAAGGGAACUCGUGAAAGGUUGCACCGUGAAUUUCACAACCACAAAGCAUUUGAUGAUUCUGUCAUUGAUCCGAAACAGAAUAGCUGAGUUUUGUUACAUAUUUAUAUAAUCUGUUCCAGACAGAGCACGUACAGUGCCUGGCAAGUAUUUAUACCUCGUGAACGUUUCUUUCUUUUUUUUUAUCCCUUUCAUUUUUUUUGUGCAACAACCAUACAUUUCAGUAUAUUUUGUUGGUGUUUCAUGUGGUAGACCAACUAAUAGUGGUGCGUAUUUGUGAAGUGGAAGAUAAAGAUAAAUACCGAAAUAUUCUGAAUUCAUCCCUUGUUUACUAUUGGAUUUUCUAAAUAGGUAAAAAAAACAGCAAACAAUUACCCUCAGAAGUCCUCAGUUGGCAAAUAGUGUGCAAUUUAAUCUCUGUAUCCGAGCAGCUUUUCCUUAAAUGCCUCAGAGAUUUGUGAGGGAUCAAACAUGAGGACAGGUGAGGGACGAGGCUUUGGAGAAAUUUAUGUUCGUUGUGUUAUUGGAGACCACUGAACAGAGAUUCACCCAAGAGACUCCCGGUGAUUAGCGAUCAGCUGGUGUUAAUGUGUGAUAAUCUGUCUGCAGAACAAUUAUUAGUUUUACGCUCUACAAAUAUGGGAUUGAGCCAAAAAUAAUUCCCUUCUGCAGUUUUCAGCAACCCAGGAUUCACAAUCUGGACUUUUUGCAAAAAUGCCAUUUUCUAGAUGUGAAAAGUUUCUUCUCUCAGAAGUUGUACUGCUGUAUAACUACUGUGAAACGCGCUCACAGGAAUUGUGGCAUAUGCAUGCCACACUUUUCAGAUACUUUAAAUCCGAAAGCCAUUCACUCUUUUCCUUCCAAAAGACCAUCAUGGAUCACGUUGUGUUGGUCUGUCGGACAAACCCCCAGAUGAAAACGUUAAAGUUUGUAAUUCUGAAAAA